CAAACUUGAAACUUUUGGGUAACAAAACAUAUAUAUACAGGCAAAUAAUAUUUUGCGAAAAAAGUAGAAUGGCACCGUAUGGUCAAGUUGUUAUUGGUCCACCAGGGUCAGGAAAAUCUACAUAUUGCAAUGGGAUGAAUCAAUUUUUAAACUCAAUAGGACGAAAUUCACUAAUAAUAAAUUUGGAUCCAGCAAAUGACCGAUUACCCUAUGAUUGUACAUUAGAUAUUAGAGAUGUUAUAACUCUAGAAGAGAUCAUGGACGACGAAAAGUUGGGACCAAAUGGAGGAUUGAUCCAUUGUUUAGAAAUUUUCAAAGAAAGCAUAGAUUUUUUCAUUGAUAAAAUACGUGAGCUAAUCAAAUUGAGCAUGGAUGGUCAAUCUACAUAUAUAAUAUUUGACUGUCCUGGGCAAACUGAACUUUUUACUACUACCCCUGUAUUCAAAUCAAUCUUCCAGCAGUUGAAGACUGUACUGGACUUCCGUUUGUGCGUGGUUUCUUUAAUAGAUUCGAUUAAUUUGACUAUUCCGUCUCAUUGGAUAUCCUCUCUUUUAUUGACUCUUCGCUCAAUGCUACAAAUGGAAUUGCCUCAAAUAAAUGUCGUAUCCAAAAUUGAUCUACUGAAUGGAUAUGUCCAGAGUGAUAAACUGAACAAAAUUGAGCAACAAAAAAAGAAUACCACCCUACGAUCCAACGCAGACAGCGAUCAGAAAGAUGAAGAUCCUGAGGGCGGAUUACCAUUUAAGUUACAGUACUACACAGAUGUCGAAGAUCUUCACUAUUUGACCCCAUAUAUAAAAAGUGAAAAUAAUCAAAGGUCACAUGCUUGGUUCAAUGAGAAGUAUUCAAAAUUAACAGAAUCAAUUGCAGAUUUGGUUGAGGAUUUUGGGUUAUUAUCAUUUAGUGUUUUGGCAAUAGAAGAUAAAACUUCGAUGAUAAAUUUGUUGUCGUUGAUAGACAAAAGCAAUGGUUACUGCUUUGGUACUAAUGAACUAGGGGGGGACUCUAUUUGGACAGAUGCUGUGCGACAAUCAAGUAUGGGAUUUAUGGAGGAUAUCGACAUACAGGAAAGGUGGAUAGAUGAAAAAGAAACUUGGGAUGCUCUCGAAGAGGAAAAGCACAAAGAGUUAUUGGAGUACUACCAAAAACACGAAAAACCCUUUGAUGCCGAAACAGAGUGGGAAGAGGCAUUAAAAGAGUGGGAACAGAACAACAAGGAAGAAACCUUGUCCCCGUGAAGAUGUAGCUGUAUAUUCUUUUAGGCAAAAGUGUGUGAAGCUGUUAAUGUACAAAAUGUUUUGUCAAAAACGAUCGGCUUCGUAUAAUAACCGAUUAACCGCAUCACCCGAUUCACCAUUGGGUGUACCCCGUAGGUCUGUAGCAACUUCCUUUAUCUUUGCUUCCACCAAAUGAAUUAGAUUCUUUGUCUCUUGUAAAAGUAUUUCAGCGUUGGAAUCAGAAUCUGAACGUUUGUUCUUGCCAUCAUGUUUGUUGAUGUCUUUUAGUCUUUUCUCUUUUUCUCCCACUUCUUGAAUAUAUGUGGUUCUAUCUUGCAAUAGUCUUGUCAAUGCUGCCACUUUUAUCUCUUUAUCUGUAGGCGACAUUUGUUGACGCUAUGGUGUGUUGUGACUGUUCAAACA